UAUGUUCCGUAAGUUAUAAUUCAAAUCAUGAAAUAUUUAAAUUAUAUUUUAGAUGACGAAUGAAAGCGUUUAUUUAUAUCAACUGAUAGAAUUUGUUGAUUAUAUAUCGAAAGAUGGAAAGAAAAGCAUAGAUUGUGUUCCAACUAACUGGGUUGAAUUUGAUUUGUGUCUUGGAAAAUGUUUUGCCAAAUUUAUGCCACCACCUUAUGACUCGGAACGUAAAAAGGAAUUAGAAAAAAUGAUUUUUGAUAGACAAGAUCCACCUGAUGAUUGGCCUCGAUACCUUGUUACGAUUCGGGGUGGUGCGGCAACAUAUGAAGAAGCGAUACAACGUAUACAGCGACUGACUGUGGAAGAAUUUGCUUUCACAAGUGGGUGUGAAGAGCCAAUGAAAAAGGCCGAAAUAAUUACACAAUCUCUCGCGAAUAAAGCGAAAGGAAGAGACGAAAAAAUUAAUGAGAUUGUGAAUGUGCCAUCUUUUCAAACAAAAGCCAUCACAUGUGUAAGUCUACAUUUAUCAAAUUAAUUAAAUUAUUGUUUUAUAAGUCAUAAAAAGAUUAAUAGCA